GGUUGCAUAUUUUAGGAAGUGAGGAGGAGGCGCGGGCUCGAGCUGCGGCUGGGUCUGGGGCACUGAGUCUCGGCGGGAGGAGGCGGACACGUGGCAGCAACAGCGGCAGCAGCGGCGGUGUCGGCCCGAGCCGCUCGCCGGCCUCCUUCCUUGCCUCCCGGCCCGCGGCCGCCGUAGUUUCUGCCUCUUCGCUCCCCCGGCCCGGCUCGCGCGGCCGGGAGCUGCUUUCUUCUUUCCCGAUUCUCCAGCAACAGGAGCCCGUGCGGGGCUCGGAGCGCCGCCACCAUGGGGAAGGGGGUUGGACGUGACAAAUAUGAGCCCGCAGCUGUAUCGGAGCCUACCGACAAAAAGGGCAAAAAGGCUAAGAAGGAGAGGGAUAUGGAUGAACUGAAGAAAGAAGUGUCUAUGGACGACCAUAAGCUUAGCCUUGAUGAACUUCAUCGUAAAUACGGAACAGACUUGAGCAGAGGCUUAACACCUGCACGGGCUGCUGAGAUCCUGGCCCGGGAUGGCCCCAAUGCCCUCACACCCCCUCCCACUACUCCUGAAUGGGUCAAAUUCUGUCGGCAGCUGUUUGGGGGGUUCUCCAUGUUGCUGUGGAUUGGCGCUAUUCUUUGUUUCUUGGCUUAUGGUAUCCGAAGUGCUACAGAAGAGGAGCCUCCCAAUGAUGAUCUGUACCUCGGUGUGGUGCUGUCUGCUGUGGUCAUCAUUACUGGUUGUUUCUCCUAUUAUCAAGAAGCUAAAAGUUCCAAGAUCAUGGAAUCCUUCAAAAACAUGGUCCCUCAGCAAGCUCUUGUGAUUCGGAAUGGUGAGAAAAUGAGCAUCAAUGCAGAGGACGUUGUAGUUGGUGACCUGGUAGAGGUGAAAGGUGGAGACCGCAUCCCUGCUGACCUCAGAAUCAUAUCUGCAAAUGGCUGCAAGGUGGAUAACUCCUCCCUCACUGGUGAAUCAGAACCCCAGACUCGGUCCCCAGAUUUCACAAAUGAGAACCCCCUGGAGACGAGGAACAUUGCCUUCUUUUCAACCAACUGUGUUGAAGGCACUGCGAGAGGCAUCGUUGUGUAUACUGGGGAUCGCACUGUAAUGGGAAGAAUCGCUACGCUUGCUUCUGGGUUAGAAGGGGGCCAAACACCCAUUGCUGAGGAAAUUGAACAUUUCAUCCACCUCAUUACUGGCGUGGCUGUGUUCCUGGGUGUGUCUUUCUUCAUACUUUCUCUGAUCCUCGAAUACACCUGGCUCGAAGCUGUCAUCUUCCUCAUCGGUAUCAUUGUAGCCAAUGUGCCAGAAGGCCUGUUGGCCACUGUCACGGUUUGCCUGACACUUACUGCCAAGCGUAUGGCGAGGAAAAACUGCUUAGUGAAGAACUUGGAAGCUGUGGAGACUUUGGGGUCCACAUCUACCAUCUGCUCGGAUAAAACUGGAACUCUCACUCAGAACCGGAUGACAGUGGCCCAUAUGUGGUUUGACAAUCAAAUCCACGAAGCUGAUACAACAGAGAAUCAGAGUGGUGUCUCCUUUGACAAGACUUCAGCCACCUGGUUUGCUCUGUCUAGAAUCGCUGGUCUGUGUAACAGGGCUGUAUUUCAGGCUAACCAAGAAAACCUACCCAUUCUUAAGCGGUCGGUUGCAGGCGAUGCCUCGGAGUCUGCGCUCUUAAAGUGCAUUGAACUCUGCUGCGGCUCUGUGAGCGAGAUGCGGGAGAAAUAUGCCAAGAUAGUGGAGAUUCCCUUCAACUCCACCAACAAGUACCAGCUGUCCAUUCACAAGAACCCAAACCCAUCUGAGCCUAAACAUCUGCUGGUGAUGAAGGGCGCUCCAGAAAGGAUCCUGGACCGUUGCAGCUCUAUCCUCCUCCACGGCAAGGAGCAGCCCCUGGACGAGGAGCUGAAAGAUGCCUUUCAGAAUGCCUACCUGGAGCUAGGGGGCCUCGGAGAACGUGUACUAGGCUUCUGCCACCUCCUUCUGCCAGAUGAACAGUUUCCUGAAGGGUUCCAGUUUGACACUGAUGAAGUGAAUUUCCCUGUGGAUAACCUCUGCUUUGUGGGGCUCAUCUCUAUGAUUGACCCUCCUCGCGCCGCUGUCCCUGAUGCCGUGGGCAAAUGUCGCAGUGCAGGAAUUAAGGUUAUCAUGGUCACAGGAGACCAUCCAAUCACAGCCAAAGCCAUUGCCAAGGGUGUGGGCAUCAUCUCAGAAGGCAACGAGACUGUGGAAGACAUUGCUGCUCGCCUCAACAUCCCAGUGAACCAGGUGAACCCUAGAGACGCCAAGGCCUGCGUAGUACACGGCAGUGACCUGAAGGACAUGACCUCUGAGGAGCUGGAUGACAUUUUGCGGUACCACACGGAGAUCGUGUUCGCCAGAACCUCUCCUCAGCAGAAGCUGAUCAUUGUGGAGGGCUGUCAGAGACAGGGUGCUAUUGUGGCUGUAACUGGCGACGGUGUCAAUGACUCUCCAGCUUUGAAGAAAGCAGACAUCGGGGUUGCUAUGGGGAUUGUGGGCUCAGAUGUGUCCAAGCAAGCUGCUGACAUGAUUCUUCUGGAUGACAACUUUGCUUCAAUUGUGACUGGAGUAGAGGAAGGUCGUCUGAUCUUUGAUAACUUGAAGAAAUCUAUUGCUUACACCCUAACCAGUAACAUUCCAGAAAUCACCCCCUUCCUCAUAUUUAUUAUUGCAAACAUUCCACUGCCGCUCGGGACCGUCACUAUCCUCUGCAUUGACUUGGGCACUGACAUGGUUCCCGCCAUCUCCCUGGCCUAUGAGCAGGCUGAGAGUGACAUCAUGAAGAGACAGCCCAGAAAUCCCAAAACUGACAAACUUGUGAACGAGCGGCUGAUCAGCAUGGCCUAUGGACAGAUUGGUAUGAUACAGGCCCUGGGAGGCUUCUUCACUUACUUCGUGAUUCUGGCGGAGAACGGUUUCCUCCCCUUUCACCUGUUGGGCAUCCGAGAGACCUGGGAUGACCGCUGGAUCAAUGAUGUGGAAGACAGCUAUGGGCAGCAGUGGACUUACGAGCAAAGGAAGAUUGUGGAGUUCACCUGCCACACUGCAUUCUUCGUCAGUAUUGUGGUGGUACAGUGGGCCGACUUGGUCAUCUGCAAGACCCGGAGGAAUUCUGUCUUCCAGCAGGGGAUGAAGAACAAGAUCUUAAUAUUUGGCCUCUUUGAAGAGACAGCCCUUGCUGCUUUCCUCUCCUACUGCCCUGGAAUGGGUGCCGCUCUGAGGAUGUAUCCCCUCAAACCUACCUGGUGGUUCUGUGCCUUUCCCUACUCCCUCCUCAUCUUCGUGUAUGAUGAAGUCCGGAAGCUCAUUAUCAGGCGACGCCCUGGCGGCUGGGUGGAGAAGGAAACCUACUACUAGUCCCCUACCCUGCAUGCCGUGGAGCAUCGUGCCACACACUGCGCCCAGUCCCCUCCCCCUCUUUGUGUACUUCAAGUCUUGGAACUCUAUCCUGGUAGGAAAGCACCGGAGCAUGUGGGGAGCCAGACAUCCUGGAAUGAAGCAUGUAGCUGUAAUGGGGGGCGGGGGGAGGGCUGCCUGAAAAAACACCCCGUAUGGGAGCGACAGUGGGGAAGGUUUCUAUGUACCUUUUUGUUUUUGUAAAAAAGGAAAACCUGGAAAGACUGAAAGACUACGUUUUAUAUCUGGAUUUUUACAAAUAAAGAUGGCUAUUAUAAUGGAA